AUGCUGCCACCGCCGCUGCUGCUGCUGGUGCUGGGACCCGGGCUCGGGCUCGGCGCGGCUUCCUGGAGGUCGCAUGUGCACCGGCGUGGGCUUCUAGAACUGGCGGGGACCAUGAAUUGUGUUGGCACCCGCAACCCUUUGUCCUACAUGAGCUACGGCUGCUACUGUGGUCUGGGCGGCCAUGGCCAGCCCCGGGAUGACGUCGACUGGUGCUGUCAACGGCAUGACUGCUGCUACACGCGUGCCGAGCAGGCCGGCUGCAGCCCCAAGAUGGAGCGGUACUCGUGGCAGUGUGUCAACCAGAGCAUCCUGUGUGGACCAGCGGAGAACGAGUGCCAGGCCACCCUGUGCAGGUGCGACGAGGAGAUCGCUAACUGCCUCGCCCGCACCGAGUACCACCUCAAGUACUUGUUCUACCCGCGCUUCUUGUGCGAGUCGGACUCGCCUGAGUGCGACUGACCGGCCGACUCGGAAUGUUCUUCCGCACGAGGAAAUAAGCCCUUUUCACUACUCAGCAGCCGCGCUCGGUUCUUGGCAGGAGGGGACGGAGGCCGAGUGUGAAGGCUGCAACCCUUGUUUGCUUUCUCUCCCCGGACUUGGGACGGGAGCCCCUGUGGUUUCCAGUUGAAGGUCAAGAGUCACGCGCUUAUUUUGUACAAACCACAACCCUGCUUAUAUGGCUGUGUUGGGUUUGGCGCCAUUGCUGAGGUUCGCCCUGUACAUGCAAAGGGCUGAACUCUGUGUUGGAACCUGCUCCCGAAGGCGGGCGAACGACGUGAACAAGCACCCACUGCGUGCCCGGCCUCGGGCUGUGGUCCAGGCUCGCUGGGACGCCCGGUCUUGGGAAUUUCUAGUCUAGCAGUUAGGAGCUUAAGAAAGACUAUUCUUCCCCAUCCCCCUCCGCCCACUGGUUAAACUUACUGAUUACAGACGUGGUAAAUACUCAAUGCAUAAAAAGAUAAACAAAGACAAAUAUAAAGCAGGGGGAGAAAAAAAAUCACUAGAAUUUCCUUAAUCCAGAAUAAACACUGGUGGUAUUUGUGCGCACUGCUGUCAUUGUUUUCUGUAAUGUUCAGAAAUGCAAUUGGGACCAUACCAUGGGAUUUUUGUAAAUG